UCUCCAGUGUCCAUGAUUGUUCCUGACCGUUCAGCAAAUCCUUUCCACAUGUCUGGAGAUGUGGAUUUCUUCUUGCUCAGAGAACAGGAGCGGAAUAAGUCUCGUGCAGAGCGGGAGCAGAAGACGACCCUGCAGGUGCACCAAAAGAUGACUUACUCGUCCAAAGUGUCGGCCAAGCACACCAGCCUGCGUCGGGAGCUGCAGCUGGAGGACGAGAUGCAGGACCAGGAGAUGCGCGCCGAGGCGGAGCGGCUGCGCGCCUUCCACGACAACACGGCGUGGAAGCUCCACAUGACCAAAGAAAGGAAGAUGGAAUCUGAUAACAUGAACAACUACCUUAAUCAGAAGCGGCAGAUGUUCCUUAUCCAGCACGCCCUGCACAGGAAGCGGAGCGAGGUCCAGCGGCUAGAGAUGCUGGCGGCCAAGGAGGAGGCGCAGUUGGAGCAGGCUGAGAAGUCCCUGGAGAAGGACGCAGCCUUGUUCGAUGAGUUUCUCCGGGAGAAUGACCGCAGCUCCGUUCAGGCCCUGAGAGUGGCUGAGAAGGAGACCAAAGCAAAGGUGGAGAAGAUCAUUGAGAUCCGGGACCUGACCACCCAGAUCAUGAACAUCAAAAGUGAAAUCUCCAAAUUUGAAGACACUCUGCAGCAUUACAAGAUCUACAAGGACUUCCUAUACAAGCUGUCGCCUAAGGAGUGGUUGGAAGAAAAGGAGAAGAAGCACCUGGAUCUCAAAAAGACCAAGGAGGGCACCAAGCCCCUGAAAGAGAAGAUUUUAUUCUCCACAAUAGGGGACAAAGGACCAGGGAACAAGGGCAAAACAAGCUCCAAAGAUGGGCAAGGCCCAAAGAAACCCUGGAAGUUCCCGCAGGUGGCCCGGCCAGGGCGGCUCCUAUCCAGCACCAUGAGCCUCCAGCAUAGCAGCCAGCCCAGCAUGAGUAGCGGGCUAGACCCCAAAGGGUGA